UUCUAAAUAUAUAUUAUUUUUAAUGUCAUAUCAUAUUAUAACAUAUACUUUAUAUAUUUCAUAUUGGAAAAAUCCAUUCAAGUAUUUCAAAGUUCGCAUGAACCUGCAUACGUAUAUUGUAAGGAAUAAGAAUGCAAUCAUGGUGUUGCCUGGCAACGUUCUUACAAAACAGUGCCACUCUAAAUGUCAAACUGAACUUGUACAGACAUAGUCAACUGAUGUGAGACUGUAGAUUUUGUAGUGCUAUUUAUUAUAUAAUUCACAUUACUUUUUAUAAUCUUUGAAGAUAUCAAAAGUUUUUACUCCUUUUUUGAUAUCUACAAAAAUGGGUCCCAAAAAAGCAAAAGGAAAUGUAACAGAUAACGUUGAUGGAGUAGACACAACAAAAAUGAAUAGGGAACAAUUAGAGAUAUAUGCUCACAAGAUAUUGGAAGAGAUGGAACGUGAACGGGAGGAAAGAAACUUUUUUCAACUAGAGAGAGACAAAUUGCGAACUUUUUGGGAAAUUACGAGGCAUCAGUUGGAUGAAGCACGUGCUAUGGUCAGAAAUAAAGAACGCGAGAAAGAGGAGUUGGCAGAAAAUCACGAGGCUGAACUCAAAUUAUACAAGCAAAAAGUGAAACAUUUGAUGUACGAGCAUCAGACAAAUUUAUCUGAAACCAAGGCUGAUCAUUUGGUUGCCCUUAAACUGGCGCAAGAUGAUCAUGUUGCGCAAGAAAAUGAACUUGUUAAAGAUAAAACGGACCUCAAAAAACAACAGAAAGAACAAGAACUGGCGUAUAUGAAUCAAAUUCGCGCAUUGAAAUUGCAUAAUUCGGAGGAAAUGAGCAAUAUGAUGAAAAAAUUUGAGUCUGAAGCGAUAGAAUUGGAGCAAAAAUACGAACAAAAAUUAACUAGCCAAUAUGAGUCCUUAAUAUUGAAGCAUCGCAUGGAAAUAACUGAAGUGGAAGAAAGAAAGAAUGCACAAAUCGCGAAUCUUAUAAAGAAUCACGAGAACGCAUUUACCGAAAUGAAAAAUUAUUAUAAUGACAUCACUUUGAAUAACUUAUCGUUAAUUAAGAGCAUGAAGGAACAAAUGGAAGUAAUGAGAAAUAAUGAAGAACGUAUGAAGAAACAAGUACGAGAAUUGACAGCGGAAAAUAAGAAAUAUUCGGCUGACUUGAAAGCUUUGCAAGAAACGACUGCCGAACUUAAUCGUCAGGUUGCAAAUUACGAGAAAGACAAACAAUGUCUAGUUAAUACAAAACGAAGAUUGUCCGUAGUGACGAAAGAUCUAGAAAAUUUAAAAUGGGAGAAUGAAGUUCUUGAACUGCGUUUUGAAAAAUGUCAAUCCGAGAGAGACGAAUUACAUUCUAGAUUCGUUUCGGCUAUAUUUGAACUGCAACAGAAAACGGGUUUAAAGAAUGUACUCUUAGAAAAAAAAUUAGAAAAGCUAUCGGACUUAGUGGAACAACGCGAGGCUCAGAUUAGCGAGGUACUAGCUGCUGCUCAAUUAGAUCCUGCGGCGGUGAUUAGUGUGAAUACAAAAUUAGAGGAUAUGCUUAACAGAAAAAAUACUGCGAUACAAGACUUACAAUAUGAAUUAGCAAAAGUGUGUAAAGCACACGAUGAUUUGUUAGCCACUUAUGAGAGCAAACUACAAGAAUACGGAAUUCCUAAAGCCGAACUUGGAUUCCAGCCUCUGAGAAUGAAGAUAGCUGGUGUGAAAUUAGGUUUUGGUCCAGCUGGUCUUGUUACCGCAAAUCAGUAAUAUAUUUUAUAAAUGUUUACAUAUAAUUAACUUAUGAACAUUUUAUAUGUCUCGUCUGAGAAAAUCAUGUCGAUAAGAAACUUGUUUAUUAUUUUUACACAUUUUAAUGAAAGAGGUGGGUCCUUAAUAAGCUGUAUAAUAUUUGACAUAUGUGUAGUCCAGAAUGUUUGAUAAUACGCAUAUUUAACGUGUCUAGCGAUAUUUUUUAAAAAGUGACACUUGGGAAUACCUAAAAUGUUGUUUUAAUAUGAUCAAUAUAUAGAAUUAAUUUUGACACAGAGUAUUUUUAUUCUGUAAAACAAAUACAUUUUAGCUUAUGCGUUAUGUUCUCAAAAAUUACAUAAAAUUAUCACAGAGAAUGUACAGAGUAGAUUGUAUCGAUGCCUGAAAGUUGUAUAGUCUCAGUAAUUAUUCAACAUAUUUAUGCUUUCGCGACUCUAACCAUCUCUCAUCGCGGUUAAUAUUAGCAAUGGAAAAUCUGAUAUUGUGCAUGGCUCAUAUACAUUCAUUAUUCUAUAACUAACUGGAUAAUCUUUCUUUGUUCUUUAAUAUUUUGUCAGACAUCUAACAACUGGCAGGCACAAAUACUUUGAAGAUACAUUCAUAUAUAGAUAUUAACAUAUAUAUAGAUAUUAGACACUGACUAAUCUAACUUGUAAAACACUGUAAGUCAAAUACAUCAGGUCACAUGAUUAAUAAACUUCAAACACUGGCUUUAUGUAAAAUAUUUCCUCGUCGUUUCUCGCGCAAUAAUAGUAAUAGUCUGUAAACUUUUCCAUAUUUUUAUAAUACUUUACGGUUAAGUGAAGAAAUAAUUUAUCAUUUGCUCACAGAUUUGUAAAUAUUAUACAACACUUUGUAUAGAUAUAAUUUUAUAAUACAUAUAUAGAUGUGUGUAUAUAUAUAUAAUAUAUAUGUAUGCUUAUGUGUAUAUUAAGAAUUUUGGCACAAUAAGAAAUAGAAUCACAGUUGAAAUCAUUGUACAUUAUAAGGUUUACAGAUGGUUUUGUCAAUAUGUCGGUUUCGUGUCUAUGAAGUGUAUGUUACACGCUUACUACGAUAUGAAAUGCAUAUUGAAACGUGUAAACACAAUCAACUUGAAACCCCACAACACUAGGCUACAUUAUAGAAAACUACAUAAAUUAUGAAAUAAUAUAUAAAAAAUCUAGGUUUCGGAAAAGAUCACGCGAAACGUUAAGAGAUUAACCAGAUA